AUGCGUGGCCGAGUGCCGCCGGGGAUGAUGGUAGAGACCGAGUGCAACGCAGCGACGAGCGACAAACAUGUUCGAGUUUGCGUUCUCGAAUCCCGAGUUCCCGGUCGAGGCUCCAGCAGAGCAAGGAUGCCCGUCCGGGGGGUGCGGCGACGAGCAUCGAGGAGCUUGUCAUCGAGGAGCUCGUCAUCGAGCCGACCUUUUCACCCCACCGGUCGGUACGGCCGUGCCGCGACCACCCAGGCGUACGGCGGCUGUGCUUGGACCGACGGCACGCAAGCUUGGUACGUCGGACCGCAUCGUGCACGGUUUUGCAGCACCUGGACAGGUCCGAAUGCUCGGCACAGCGCAGCCGCCGGUGGCAUCGGCCGUCUCGCGGGAUCACUCGAUGGCACGGCCACGGAUGGGAUUGGUUCCCGGGAAUCUGCUCGUCAAGGCGUGUCCGUAUUAGCAUUCGCUCGCAUCCAGCCAUGGACCGCAGCCGCCAUGGCUGAGUGUUCCGGCCCCAAAGGACCCCUUCUCCCUCCCCUUGCCGCUCGUAUUCCUGCCAUCCGUUCUUUUACGCUUUCCUCCUCAUCCGCGCGCGCACGGGAAUCGGUGCGGCGGCGUCUCAUGGCCCCAUUCUCGUUCCUCGGCACCGACAUCCUCUGCCACGGUGGCUACCGGGCUGCAGACGCCCGGCGCGGGUCCCACGCUCGACGACGCCCAAGGUACGGCCGAGCCAAAGGUGUCAAGCACGGCGAGUGGAGUCGUCGGUACGGACGGAACGGGUUGCUCAUGGUUACUUCAGUCCAACGUCGUACCCAGGUACAGAUGCGGCGACGGGCGUGA